AUGAUGUCAACCACAAAUAUUGUUAAUCACCACAGCUUGUUUGAUGAAGAACAACAAGAUCAUGAGAUCCCUAUGCAGAUGGGGUUCAAUAUUCCUUUCCCUCCAAACAUGACUUUACCUCCUUUAGGUAAUUGCCAUGAUCAAUCUUUGAAAGGUGUAAGUGCGAUAAUAACUCCUGAAGCUGCAACAUUUGCUGAAACUUUACUAGCAACAGCUGUUCAUAAACCACGAGAAUUCGAAGAUCUUGCGUCUGGUUUUGGUUGUGUAGGAGGCCAAAACCUUGACUUAAACAGAUCCAGAAUGAAUUCAUGGGCAUGGGGAGAAGUAAGUGAUUGCUGGAUGGGUAAAAGAAGUAGUGGAGGAGAUGAUCAUAAUCAUAUAGGGGUUUCAGCAGCAAUAAAGAUGAAGAAAAUGAAGGGAAGAAGGAAGGUGAGGGAACCUAGGUUUUGCUUCAAAACAAUGAGUGAUAUAGAUGUGUUGGAUGAUGGUUACAAAUGGAGGAAGUACGGACAGAAAGUGGUCAAGAACACUCAGCAUCCCAGAAGCUACUACCGUUGCACACAAGACACCUGUCGAGUAAAGAAACGAGUAGAACGAUUGGCUGAGGAUCCAAGAAUGGUGAUAACAACAUAUGAAGGAAGACAUGCUCAUUCUCCAUCAAACGAACUUGAAGAAUCACAAACUCAAUCUGAACUUGCUAAUUUCUUCUGGUAG